AUGCCAGGUCCAAGAGGAGACAGAGGGCGUGUAGGACCCCCUGGGAAGAGUGGACCCCAAGGAAUUAAGGGAAUGAAAGGUCAACAGGGACUUCUGGGAAUGAAAGGAGAGCGAGGCAUUGCGGGAAUGAAAGGAGAGCAAGGAGCUGUGGGAGUGAAAGGAGAGCGAGGCAUUGUGGGAAUGAAAGGAGAGCGCGGAGCUGUAGGAAUGAAGGGACAGCAAGGCAUUGCGGGAAUGAAAGGAACAAAAGGAGACAAAGGAGAGAAAGGAGAAAGCACCAAAGCAAGUCAAGCAAGUGUAGUACCACAAACCAACUGGAAACAAUGUGUGUGGAAAUCAGCUAGCAAUACUGAUAACGGAAAGAUUAAGGUAAAUAGAAUAAGAAUCAUAACACACUCCUAAGAAAAUUCAUUCCUUUUAAGAUUAAAAUGUUUCAAAGAAGAACAUCUCCCCUCUCACUCACCGUUUGCCAACACAUUACAUAAAUAACUAAGUUAAAUUUUCCUCUACUUUGUUUUUUUUUUAACAAAAAAAAAAAUCAUGCCUGAUAAAAUGAUUCCUGGCCAUAUGGAAAGAGACAAAACAUUGAAGCUAUUACUAACAAGUUUUUAAAAAUUAGGAAGUAAUCUUGACUGGAGUUGUUAGUAUCAAUCAUUACACACGGUUGCUCGCCUUACUACAAUAUGUUUGAUUUGUUUGAUUUUAUUCCAGGACUGUGCGUUUAACAAACUGCAGUCUAAUUCAGCACUCAAAGUCUCAUUCCAGGGAAACAUGAGAGUCCUGGGUAGUUCUAAGUGUAGUCGCUGGUAUUUCAAGUUCAAUGGAAAUGAAUGCCGUGGACCAAUGACUAUUGAGGCUGUUGUUUUCAACUACUGGUCAUCUGCUGGGGACCAUUAUCUAAAUCAUCAUCGGUCAUUUGAGGGGUACUGUGAGAACAUUCCACAAGGCGCUGUUAGAGUCGAAUUAUGGGUAGGACAGUGUAGUAGUGGCCACGCCUUGGGUGAUGCUUAUACCGGGUGGUAUUCAGUGUCCCGGAUAAUGAUUGAAGAAGUAUCUAGACCCCAGUCCUAACAAGGGGAGUCUUUAACUUUAGCGCUGUUUCAAUUUCCUUAGAAUAGCAUUCUACAAAUAUAGACUGUAAAGCCCUUUGUGGCUACUUCCGUCGCAUUAGAUGGUCA